AUGAAUUUUUGCUGGACGAAGGAAAAAAAAUCGACUAAUUCGUCUACGAUAUUCUCCAAACGCAAUCGCAAUCCAUAUUCGCUUUCAUCGCUACACUUUCCGUGUCUGACAAACGACCGAUUGUGUCCUCUCCGUCUACUAACAAUCCAACAGUAUGUCCCACACUAUACCGAUCGACUGGGCGACCAUACUUAUGCUAAAAUCAAAUAUGAACCUAUAGAGCAGUCAGAUAAUACUAGUUACGCUAGCCAGCAAGCAGAUGAUAACUUAUCAUCAACGGCAGCAGUAAAUCUAGCCAUUACAAAAAUCAAGACCGAAUUAAAAUACCUCUGUUCACUUCAGGUACAAAACUCCGACGAAUCACAAACAACUGCUCUUCAAACGAACGUUGAUCCUUCCUUCUCAUCUGACUUCGCAACUUCUGAACCCUCCUUCGACUUAUCAUUAAACGAUCCUUUAUUCGACGAACUCGUCAACAAUAUUCCAUUGCCCUCCGAAUUCGACGAUAGUUGGCCGACCGAAUUAGAAUUUGAUUCAUUUGAUCAAUUACUGUCUCCGCAAUUGGAUAUGACCUAUAAAGACUAUACUGAUAUGUCUAUGGAACAAGACGACAACAACAACUAUUUCCCACACGUCGGUAUGACUACUGACGUGUGUACCACGACCUCAUCGAAUCAUGAUGAGAGCACCACAUCUUCAGUUGACUCUACAUCGGAUGAUAAUGAACGCGAUGACAUCAAUCGACGUGGCUUAAAGAAAAGCGGUGGUCCAGUCCGAAAGCUUGCACGAUUUGGUAACAAACAAGUUGUGAAGUACUCGGACGAGUAUCACGAUCGCCGUGUCAAGAACAACGAAGCUGUCAAAAAAAGUCGAAUGAAAGCCAAAGAAAAACAAAAGACCACAGAGACCAAAAUGGUCGAAUUGGCAAAUGAGAAUCGUUCAUUAACCGAUCGAGUCGACCUCUUGAUGAAGGAAUUGCAAGUGUUGAAAUCGCUUUACAAAGAACUCAAUCAAGAUUUGCCAUCAUCAGCUGUCAAAGCUCUUGAACGCGUCAAUGUUCGGUAA